AUGAUCGGCGACACGACGCAGAAUCAAGCGGACACGGAGCUCAUCGCGUGGAUCGAUUCCGUCCCCUUCUCGAAACCCGCGAAAAAUCUGACGAAGGACUUCUCGGACGCAGUCCUUGUGGCGGAGAUCCUGAAGCUGUACUACCCACGAUAUGUUGAACUGCACAAUUACGUACCAGCGAGUAACUUGAACACGAAGAUCGAUAACUGGAACACUCUGAAUCGUAAAGUGCUCGCAAAGAUCGACGUGAAGCUGAAUAAGGACACAAUCUGUCACUUGGCGAACGGGACUCAGGGUGCAAUUGAGAAACUAUUGUUGGAAUUGAGGACAAGGAUCUUGAAAGACGACGAGAAGUUGCACAAACAAAAACUCACAAAGCAUAACGAAGAAGGCAUUGAUAUACAGCUGUCAAAGGAAAAAAUCAGGGAUAACUCGCCGUGCGGUGAGCAACUUAACUCGCCAGUGGGGAGCUUGGACAGUCCCGAGGCAAGUGACGGGAUUUGCCAGCCUAGUCCGGUUUCAAAAGUCGGACGUUUCAAGCGAGGGAUUUCCAUGGUCUUCGGUUGGAUUGCUUCUCUUUUUCUCAGGAACAUCUUCAGGUCCUUCCGUUUUAACAAACAUUCCCGUAACAUGAUAUUGGACGGUAUCACUUGUGCGAAGUUGCUUUGCUUGGCCGCGGCCAUCGUGCUGGGUGGUGCGGCUCUGCUUUUGGUGGGCCUCUACCUCUACUUUACCUUCACCCGGGGAGUCUGCAAAAGCAAGAGCCGGAUGGACGGGAAAACGGUGAUAAUUACCGGAUGCACCUCGGGCAUCGGCAGAGAGACCGCGAAGAAUCUCGCCAAAAGAGGAGCCAGACUUAUCAUGGCAUGCAGGAAUACAGACAAAGCUAAUCAGCUGAAAGAUGAAAUUACGAAAGAAACCAACAACAGCAACAUCGUGGUCCGCAUGUUAGAUCUGUCGUCGUUGCAAUCGAUCAGGGAAUUCGCCAAGCAGAUCAAUCGGGAGGAAGCCAGAUUGGACGUGUUGAUUCACAACGCCGGUACCGCGGAAACCUUCCGGAAGAAGGUUACGGAGGAUGGAUUGGAGAUGACUAUGGCCACCAAUUACUUCGGGCCCUUUCUGCUGACCCAUCUCUUGAUCGAUUUAUUGAAACGAUCGAAACCGAGCCGUAUCGUGGUGAUCGCGUCGGAGCUGUAUCGGAUAGCGCGCUUGAAUCUCAACAAUAUCAACCCUACGUCGACUCUACCGGCGUAUCUGUACUACGUGUCGAAGUACGCGAACAUAGUUUUCACGUUGGAACUGGCGCGACGGCUGGACGGCACCGGAGUGACGGCGAACUGCCUGCAUCCCGGAAUGGUAGAUAGCGGAAUCUGGCGAAACGUGCCCGCCCCGUUAUCCUGGUGCUUGUAUCUCAUAAUCAAGGCUUUCUUCAAGACACCUGAGCAGGGUGCUCAGACGACUAUUCAUCUCGCCGUUUCCGAAGAGCUCAACGGCGUCUCGGGAAAAUACUUUGUAGAUUGCGCUAAAUAUGAACUGUCGAACGCUGUGAAGGAUCCCGCCAAAGGCAAGAAACUGUGGGAGUUGAGCGAACCUUUGGUGAAGCUGCAACCAUCGGACUCGAAGAUCUGAACGCCCUCGGCGUGCGUGUGUGUAUGUGUGUAUUCUUCUUUUUAGAAACUUCUGUCUUUCCCUGAUAGCGGGUAGUUUUGUACUUAAGACCUCAACGCUAAUUUCACAAGUCGCCGAUGUCUUAUCUCAAUGAAGUGGAACUCUACGAGCCGGUGCAAAACAUUACAUUUUCUCCGACUCGGUAACUUUAACGACAUUCUCGGACGGCGGGAUUCUUUAACGUCAUUUUCCAUCUUCUUUUCUCCUGAGUACGUUUAUCAACGGGUACAGUAUAACAGCUGG